AUGGCUGAUUUCGAGAAAGGAGGACAGUACAACAAUGUGUUGGUCAAUGCAGUCGACGUGACCCCUGUGGCAGGAAGCACAGUAGAGGUUGUGGCACCCAUGGAUCUGCAGGAGGGUUUCCAAUUGCAAGUCCAAGUCAAUGGGGUCCGCAAGUCCGUCAACGUUCCUCCAGGAGGAGUCAAGCAAGGAGAAUCCUUCCAGGCACUACCUUUUGAUGGUGACUUUGCUCCCAUCCACCACAUCCCUGUGAUGACACGCAUGAGUCGUGAUUGGUUGGGAGGUCCUGGUCCUCGUCCCUCCGCCAGCUACACUUGCCAGAUUGUCACGGGAAUCUGGGUGUUGGUGAUCCUGGCUCAAAUUAUCCUGGGCAUCACUGCUGAUGCGAUCCAAGACAAGUGCAUUGGUGGACGACUGGAAUUCAACCGUCAUACCAAUCAGGACGAAAUUAGGUGUCCUGAUGGAACAGUUAAGGAACCCGGCAGCACCGAAAAGGCACUCUUGGCAGUAGGUGCGGUUUUGGGGUGGGUAUUUAUCCUUUACAAGCUUUUUGCAAUCUGCCGCACCCGCUAAGCCAUGCGCCACAAGUACAAUAUUGGAGCAGGAGGAUUGGGAGAUGGGUGCGAAGAU